AUGCCAUCCUCCACGAGCGACGUCCUUCUCUACUUCCUCGCCCUCUUCGUCCCGCCCAUUCCGGUCGCGAUGAAAGCCGGCUGCGGUGCCGACGUCCUCAUCAACGUGGCUCUCUGGAUCUUUGGUAGGAACCCGAAAAACAACGAAGCCGCGCCACGGCCCGACGGAAUAGCGGCUAGCUAACGCCUCGGUCUUCUUCUUACAGGUUGGAUCCCCGGUGUCAUUCACGCGUGGUGGAUCAUCAGCAAGUAUGAACGGCCUGCUGCUGUGGCGUGA